GCGGUGGUGGGCUGAUGGCGGGCCGCGGGGCUUCCCGGCGCGGGCGGGAGCAGCUGGAGCUGGAGCGGCUGGGCGAGGUGGCGCGGGCCGGCUCGUGCCCGCCGUCGCCGCCGCUCUCCGCAUGCUCACGGCAGGCCUGGAGCCGGGACAACCCAGGCUUCGAGCCCGAGGAAGAAGGGGCGGCGGUGGCGGCGGCAGGGCCGGUGCUGGAGAUGGACGUGGAGUGGGGCGGCCCCGCGGCGGGCGCUUCGUCGUCGUUGGGCAGUGGCGCGGCGGUUCCGGGCGGCGGCGGGCGGCGACACCCGCGGCGGCUACCCACGGGGCGCGGCGGGGCUGAGGGGCCGAACCGGCACCAGGUGCCGCCCGACGGCGCCACACCGCACCGAGCGGCCUGGGCCAAGCGCCUGGCGCGGCGACUGCGAGGUCUGUGGAGGACAAGACUCAUGGAAGAAAGCAACACCAGCAGAGAGCAAUAUCUGAGAAGUGUUUUACGAGAGUUGGUUACAUACGUGGUUUUCCUUGUGGUCUUGUGUGUCCUAACUUAUGGGACAGUGAGUUCCAGUAUGUAUUAUUACACAAGGAUUAUGUCGCAGCUUUUUCUGGAAACACCUGUAUCAAAAAUGGAGAAAACUGAUUUCAAAACUUUGUCCACGAUGGAUGACUUCUGGAAGUUCACAGAAGGCCCUUUGCUGGAUGGUCUUUACUGGGAGAUGUGGUACAACAACAAAACUAUGGCAGAAAACAAAAGCUUCAUUUAUUAUGAGAACCUACUCUUAGGGGUACCUCGCAUUAGGCAGCUGAAAGUGAGAAAUGGCUCGUGCUCAAUACCUGAAGAUUUAAAGGAUGAAAUCAAAGACUGCUAUGAUGUCUAUUCUGUAGCUAAUGAGGAUACUGCUCCUUUUGGACUUCGAAAUGGAACAGCUUGGACGUACACCAAUGAGAAGGAUUUGAAUGGGAGCAGCCACUGGGGCUUGAUUGCCACCUACAGUGGGGCUGGCUAUUACCAAGACCUCUCAAGGACCAGAGAAGUGACAGCUGUGCAGAUUGCUAGCCUUAAGAAGAACCUGUGGCUGGACAGAGGGACCAGAGCAGCUUUCAUUGAUUUCUCCGUAUACAAUGCAAACAUCAACCUUUUCUGUGUUGUCAGGUUAUUAGUGGAGUUUCCAGCGACUGGAGGGCUUGUUACAUCUUGGCAGUUUCAGCCAGUGAGGCUGAUUCACUACAUCUCCACCUUUGACUUUUUCCUAGCAGCCUGUGAAAUGGCAUUUUGUCUUUUUGUUCUUUAUUAUAUGGUGGAAGAGAUCUUAGAGAUUCACAUUCAUAGGCUGCACUACUUCCGAAGUCUCUGGAAUUGCCUUGAUAUCCUUAUCAUUGUUCUCUCUGUGGUAGCUAUAGGAAUUAGUAUCUAUAGGACAUCAACUGUUGAUAUGCUCCUGAAGAAGCUACUGGAAGAUCAGAACUCGUUCCCCAAUUUUGAACCUCUGGCGUAUUGGCAAAUGCAAUUCAACAACAUUGCUGCAGCCACUGUGUUUUUUGUCUGGAUUAAGCUUUUCAAAUUUGUAAACUUCAACAGAACAAUGAGUCAGUUAUCCACUACCAUGUCUCGCUGUGUCAAAGAUGUUAUUGGCUUUGCUAUUAUGUUUUUUAUUAUUUUCUUAGCUUAUGCUCAGUUGGCCUAUCUUGUCUUUGGCACUCAAAUUGAUGACUUCAGCACUUUCCAGGACUGCAUAUUCACUCAAUUCCGCAUCAUUUUGGGAGACUUCAACUUCACAGAGGUUGAAGAAGCUAAUCGAAUUUUGGGACCAAUUUAUUUCACUACAUUUGUGUUCUUUAUGUUCUUCAUUCUUUUGAACAUGUUUUUGGCCAUUAUCAACGAUACUUACUCCGAAGUCAAAUCAGAUAUGGCACAACAGAAGGCAGAAAUGGAGCUGUCUGACCUUAUCAGAAAGGGCUACAAUAAAGCCAUGAUCAAACUGAAAUUGAAGAAAACUGCUGUUGAUGACAUUUCAGAAAGUCUGAGACAAGGUGGGGGAAAACUAAAUUUUGAUGAACUGCGGCAAGAUCUAAAAGGGAAGGGGCACACAGAUGCAGAGAUUGAAGCAAUAUUUACCAAAUAUGACCAGGAUGGGGAUCAAGAAUUGACAGAGCAUGAACAUCAGCAGAUGAGAGAUGACCUGGAGAAAGAAAGGGAGGAUCUGGACCUGGAUCGGAGCUCUCUGCCACGUCCUCUCAGCAGCCGCAGCUUCCCCCGGAGCUUGGACGACUCUGAGGAGGAUGAGGAUGAAGACAGUGGACAUAGCUCCAGGAGGAGGGGCAGCAGCUCUAGUGGGGUAUCCUAUGAAGAGUUCCAAGUACUCAUGAGGCGGGUUGACCGCAUGGAGCACUCCAUCGGCAGCAUUGUCUCCAAGAUCGAUGCAGUUAUCGUGAAGCUCGAAGCGAUGGAGAGAGCCAAACUAAAAAGGAGAGAUGUGUUGGGGAGACUGCUGGAUGGAGUGACAGAGGAUGAGAGACUGGGUCGUGACAAUGAAAUCCACAGGGAACAAAUGGAGCGACUUGUGCGAGAGGAGUUGGAGCGAUGGGAAUCGGACGAUACGGCAUCCCAAAUGAGCCACCGCCUGGGAACACCACUGGGACUGAACGGCCAGCCUCGUUCCAGGAGCUCCCGGCCAUCUUCCUCACAGUCAGAUGGUAUUGAUGGAGGAGGAGGAAAUGGGGGCAAUAACAUCCAUGUGUAGGGUUAACUAUGUAGGAGAUUCUAAAUGCUCCAGAUCAGUAUUAAACCAGUAGAUGUACUACCCCACUGUUUCCCAGCAUGAGGUGGUCAUCCUAAUCAGACCACUGAGGACCAUUUUCACUGGUGGGCAAAAGUAUAUGUUCUCUUCUUAAAGCAUUUUUCAGACCUACAUAAGCCAUGUGUCACAUUCAGGUUACCAACAUGGACUCUGUCAGCCUUGAAAAUGAAAAUGCAGGAGACAGAAUGGAAACCAGGUGUGACAAAAUCUACCUGGACAGAAUUUUUGGUUCUGUACAUAUGUCAUGGAGAAUGCUUUUACAGGGGCGGCAAGCUUCAGACAGAGUAAUGUGCUGUGGCUAAAACACUCAAAUGAAAGGCUGCAAGUUUUUUGCUUUCUAUUAGAAAACAUCAUAUUAAAGUGCUUUUAAAAGCAAUUUUAAGAGAUGGCAUAACUGACUCUUUUGAAGAGAGAACCCAGCACCUUUUUACUUUGAGUUUCUACUCCAAUUUUCUGAGUUAAUGUUAGCAUACUAACAUUUCAAUUUAAAUUUAAAAUGUUGGGAUUUUCCUGUUUUUGAGAAAUACUGUUUCUUUAAACAGAAGAAAGCACACUUAGUUUGUACAAUUGUAAAUCACAUUAUUCUGUAAUAGAAACUGUACAAAUUAUGUGGUUUUGCAUUUCAUUAGCAUUUAAAAAAUAAUAUUCCAGAACUGCCUCUUCAUACCCAACUACUGGAAUAAUUUUCAACUUUGUUACAAAGUGCCCAUUUUUUUAAUGCUAUAUUUUCGUGAUCUAAGUGUUCCGACGUUCUUAGGUAACUAUGGUCACUUUGCAGAAGAUACAUCACUUAAAAGCAUGCAAAAUUGAAAAACACUAACUCUUCCUUGGGUGUGACAGGGAAGGGUGUAGAGAAGUUGCUGACAGAUAGGAAAAUCUCAUCUCAUGUUCUAUCAUAUUCUAAUCGUGUCUCAACUAUGUAGUCUAUAUUGACAUUUGACAACUGCUUAUAAAUUUAUCAAGUCUGUUUCUACUUAUCCUUUUCUGCUGAGGUGCAAUACAUGAUUCUUUUGGAAAGGUGUUUACAGUGUAAUCACUGAUUUUUAGUAUUUCAUUUCCUCUGUUUCCUGCAUCACAGAAGCUUUGGUUUUGAAAGGAGAUGCAACACUGAAAGUCCAUUGGUUUUCUAUAGCAAGCAUUGAGGCACAGAGUUUCCAUGUGUGGAAUGCAGGUUUAGGAGGGAGGUUAUCAGCUGCACUUUUUUCCUGAAGAUAGCAAGUGUCUUGUUUCCAGAGACUUAGAGUUAUUGUAAAGGAAAAUGGAAAGCUACUCAACCAAACACAGCUUCACUAUUAGUAGGGUAUAUAGAAGAAAAAAUGCCUCUUUAACAAAGUAUAAUACAUUUGGUGCUUUUUGUUUCAAAAAAACAGCUGUUGCCAGGAGUUAGCACCUCAUUCUUGUGAUGAUACUGCUUAGGCAAAGCUUACAUCCUGCCUAUGUUCUUACAACUUCAUUGCCUGGAUGUACAGUGACUCAGAAUGCCUUCCCUCUAGCCAGGGGACUUGAUAACACUCAAUAGACUUCAUGCCUUUCCCUGUUUUUAAGUUAACAAAAAACCAUAUGCACAACUUAAUUAAUGCAAAGUGGAGCAGGAGGAAGCUUGAUAUGGAGACUGGAAUUUCUUAGUAGCUUUGGCUUGAGAACUGAAUGACAUGGGAAAACAGGUUGUGAUCCUUGUCAAGUAUUUUUUCUUUGUGUGUUAUUUUGUCCUGUACUAGAAAGAAAUUUGUGCUCUUUGACAAAAGACCCCAACAACUUCUCAAAACAGCACACAGCACAGUGGUUAGGGCAUUUGCAUGAAACAAAAGACACUUGGACUAAGAUCUGUCUUGGCCUUGAUUGAAGGUUAUUAGACCUUAGAAACCUUUCUGCAGAAAGGUUAAACAAACCAAACCAAUAAAAAAAACGUGCCAGUUGUACGGGUGUCCAGUUGGUGUGGAAGGAAAAUGGGAAAUACAAUAGGAAGCAAUUCAAAUAUACAUAGCCUUGUCUUUACAUUAAUAUCCAAAACGUACAGUAUGUUUGUAUAUGACAUGAUUUACUGAUUAAACUGAGGCAUGUUAGCUAAUUACAUGUGUGUAACAUGUAAUUGAUGUUGGGUUUCUAGGGUGAAGGGUUACCUAAAUGUUAAGGUAGUGUUUAAAUAAUCGUGUUUUAAAACCGAUGACUUUGGCCAAAUGACACAGCCUGAGUUGCCCAGAAAUUAGCUGAAGCUUUACUGAGAAUACCUUGUGCUAAGGUUUGUGCCUGUAGCCUGUAAAACGUGUGGCAUGCUGAGAUCUGCAGCAGCAGGGACUGGAGAGUGUGCAGAAGUGAUUGGUCAGCUAUUGGUGGGGCAGAGCAUUCCUGGGACAAAGGUUUAGUUUUGCUUUCCCAUCAGUAUGGCUUUAAAUAGGUUUCUUGUAAAAUUUAUCUGUCAAAGUAUAAAUUCAGUCAUGCACUUCCACUUUUAUUUGUAGUACAUGUUUGUUACGAAAAUGCAAUUUUCAUAGUGCAUUCAUAGCUGUAUUUGUUGAGGUAUAUUUCUGUAACGUGUCGUUACUUAAUAACAAGCUUCAUCUUGAAGUGCAGUAAGUUUUCAUGGGGUACCCGUGUGUGCUGACAGUGGGCCUUGCAGCAAGUGCACGGCCACUUGACAAAUGCUACAAACUUUUUAUUGUUUUUGUUUUUCAGCAUUAGGUUAUACUCUCAUUUGUCGCUUAUUACAAAAGCAAAGGAGUUUGCAUAGUACAGUGUUUGGUCUUAUUAGGGAGCUGUUAAUUAUGCAAGUCUUCUACAGUGAUCAAGAAUGUAUUGAUGUGUAAACCUGAGCACUUUACUUCCUAAUAAAUAUUUUAUAUCAUCUAUAAAGCAAA